AUGUCUCCGGUCCACGUCUUGGACAAUUACUAUCUCGCUAUCACCCUGCUGGUCACGGUUGGCUAUCAGCUCUCUGGAUUUGUCAUAGCUUGGACGUUCCAGUUCGACAAGAUCACCGACUUCACGGGCGGUUCAAACUUCUUCAUCCUAGCGCUGUUGACUCUACUCCUCGAAAACACGUUCUAUGCGCGUAACAUCGUCGCGAGUGUGCUCGUCAUGUUAUGGGCGUCUCGACUUUCAGGUUUCCUGCUCUUCCGGGUCCUGAAGAUGGGAAGCGAUACUCGGUUUGACGACAUCCGCUCGCAUUUCUUGAAGUUUUUGGGGUUCUGGGUCGGGCAAAUCGUUUGGGUCUGGACGGUGUCCCUUCCAUUGAUCAUCCUCAACUCGCCAGCGGUGUCCGACCCGGCCUUGGGCGGUUCCAAUCCGGCAUUCGGAACCUCACGAGAUAUUGCCGGCAUUGUCCUCUGGGCGCUUGGAUGGGUCAUCGAAACUGUCGCCGACGCGCAAAAGUUCUAUGGCAAGAAUAAGGGGUGGCCGAAAGAUCGCGCGUUCACGCUCGGUUUGUGGCGAUGGAGCAGGCACCCGCCCUACUUUGGAGAGAUGAUGUGCUGGUGGGGCAUCUGGAUCCUGUGUCUAUCACCUACCACGAACGGCAGUCUGCCCGCGUCGGCACGGGCAGCACAGUAUGGCAGCGUCGUAUCGCCGGCUUUCACAUUCAUCUUGCUGAUGUUCGCAUCAGGAGUUCCCACCGCCGAAAAACCUCAAGCAAGGCGAUUCUACCUGAUGUCGUACGGUCCGAGGGCCAGCUCACCGCAUGCAUGGGAGCAUUACAAGAAUUACCUCAAGAAGACCUCGAUACUCGUUCCGUUCCCUCCUACGAUGUACCGAAUAUUGCCGAGAUUAAUGAAGCAGGCGCUGUUCUUGGAUUUACCUAUGUUCGAGUUCAAAGAAGGCGCAGAUGGUCUUGCCGCCGUAGAGGAAGAGCGCUCCAAGAUGGCACAAGUGUGA